AUGGGAUUAAAUCUUACUUCGGAAGGUUGGGAAUAUCAGAUCAGACAUUUCGGAAGUCAUCCUGAUUAUCAAGUAUGCGUCUUUGAUAAUCGUGGUGUUGGUUAUUCAGAUGCACCACCGGGAUUAUACAGUACAAGUCAAAUGGCUCAUGAUGUAAUUGAUUUGUGUGAACAUAUAGGAUGGACGAACAAUGUCCACUUAAUUGGUGUUUCAAUGGGUGGCAUGAUCGCGCAAGAAUUGGUGUUGGCAAAACCGCAAUGCUUUAAGUCGCUUUGUUUAACUUCUACCACACCAGGAAUGUCAUUACCUCCGAUGCUAGCUGUUACUACUAUAAGCAAAUUAAUGUUUAUUAGGAAUCCUCUUGAGAAAGUUGAAAUUGUUGUAAGAUUAAUUUAUCCCAAAGAAUGGUUAGAAGCUCCCGCCCCUUUAGGUUCGCCUCAUCCCACGAAUGAGAAACAUAUGUUAGAAAAACUCCUUGAAAGAAUUACUAGACGUGGAAUCCAACCAGUUAACGUAGCUGCUUGUCUUCGUCAUUAUUGUUCUUCUGAUCGUCUUCGUCGUAUUAAACAUCAUAUCCCACAAAUUUUGAUUGUAACAGGAUCUUGGGAUAAUUUAAUUCGUCCAGAGAAUAGUUAUUACUUAGCAGAGCAGUUAAGCGCUGAUUUUGAAUAUUGGGAAGGAUCUGGUCACGCGCUACCUGGUGAACAAUUUGAACGCUAUAAUAAUUUGUUAGAUGUUCACUUUAAGAAAGCUGGUUUGAUUGAUACAAAUAAUUAA